CUGAUUAAGAAGUCAGUUUAAAACCCAUACCCUGUACUAGCACACACCAUACCAUUUCAAGAAACUCGCUUUUCAUUUUUUCAAAAAGCUCAAGCUCACAGAUUGUUUCUUCUCAUACUUGUCCAGUUCUUAAAAGAAACAAUAGAGAGGGACAGAGAUUAAAAAAAAAAAAAAGGAAAACAAAACCAGCCUAUUCCCCGUGACUACUGUUUCUCUUCUUUUCGCGUUUAAAUCCUCUGCUGCGCGGGUUUAACCGGAAAAUGACGUCGGACGGAGCUACAUCGACGUCAGCUGCAGCUGCAGCAGCCAGGAGGAAGCCGUCCUGGAGAGAAAGAGAGAAUAAUAGGAGAAGAGAGAGAAGGAGAAGAGCAAUUGCUGCUAAAAUAUUUUCAGGAUUAAGAGCUCAAGGUAAUUAUAAUUUGCCUAAACACUGUGAUAAUAAUGAGGUUUUGAAAGCUCUCUGUUCUGAAGCUGGUUGGGUUGUUGAAGAUGAUGGUACUACUUAUCGCAAGGGAUGCAGGCCACCCCCAAUUGAUAUUGUAGGCACUUCUGCAAGAAUUACUCCAUACUCUUCACAAAAUCCAAGUCCAUUAUCUUCAGCAUUUCCUAGUCCAAUUCCUUCUUAUCAAGUCAGUCCCUCUUCCUCUUCAUUCCCUAGCCCCACUCGAGGUGAUAAUAAUCAUAAUAAUGCUGCAUCCAGUAUCCUUCCUUUCCUCCAAAAUGCCAUUCCUGCAUCUCUCCCACCUCUCCGAAUUUCCAACAGUGCACCUGUGACUCCACCUCUUUCAUCCCCAACCUCAAGAAAUCCUAAGCCAAUUCCCAAUUGGGAGUUCAUUGCGAAACAAUCUAUGGCCUCAUUUAAUUACCCUUUUUAUGCUGUAUCUGCCCCAGCUAGCCCAACUCACCGUCAGUUUCAUGCUCCUGCUACUAUACCUGAAUGUGAUGAGUCUGAUUCAUCCACUGUCGAGUCCGGUCAAUGGAUAAGCUUUCAAAAAUUUGGGCCUUCUAUGGCUGCUGCAAUGCCAACUUCUCCUACCUAUAAUCUCAUGAAACCUGUGGCUGAGCAAAUUUUGUCCAGUAAUGUGAUUAAAGAGAAUGGGAGGAGUAUGGAGUUUGAGUUUGGAAAUGGGAAUGGACAAGUGAAGCCCUGGGAAGGUGAGAGGAUUCAUGAGGUAGGAUUGGAUGAUCUAGAGCUCACACUUGGAAAUGGGAAGGCUCGAAGUUAGGGGGGUUGAUGCUGCUAGGGGAAAUCUUUGCGAGGAAGUGCUAGAAUCGAAGAUUAAGAAUGGAGAGAAGGUGAUCCAACAGAAGAAGAAUUAUUGCUCUAAUUUGCAUGGAUAAUGGUUAGGAAGAAAAUUUGCUCAUCGUGGCUCCAUCGCAUUGGUCGGAGUACAUACCCUGAACCCAUCUUGGUUAUUAGGAGGAAUUAAAUUUUUAUGUUUAUUAACUUUUUUUUUUUUUUUUAAAUGUUUAUGGAGUUUCCUUCUCUUGUUUACUCAUUUGACAGUCACAUUUGCCAGUUGAGUUGUUUGGGGUGUUGUCAAAAUCAUUACAUGUAGAUAGCGUGGGAUAUUUAUCGGAUUGAGGAGUUUUCUCCUCUUUAUAGACUUCAAAGGGACCUGAUGAAAUGAAAAUCAUUAGUGGAA